AUGCUUCAGAAUGCGAACUCAAUUAAAAGAAUAAUGAAGGAGCUAAGGGAUAUACAUGAGUCUGAGAAGAACAAUCUGGAAGGCAAUGGGGAGCACGUAGUGCGAAUAGGCCCAGUUGACGAAGCAGAUAUGUAUACCUGGCGAGGAAGGAUAACACCGCCAGUUGGCAGUGACUAUCAUGGGGGUGUGUUCUACCUGGAUAUUAAAUUUCCUACAGACUAUCCCUUCAAGCCCCCCAGAAUUAAAUUUCUUACCCGCAUAUUCCAUCCAAACAUAAACACCAACGGAACAAUCUGUUUGGACAUUUUGAAUGAGAAGUGGUCUCCAGCCCUCACCAUAUCCAAGGUAAUGAUGUCCAUCUGCAGCUGGCUGGACGAGCCAAACCCAGACGACCCACUGAUGCCAAACAUUGCAUCUAUGUACAAGACAGAGCGCACCAAGUACAGCGAAACGUGCCAGGAAUGGACAAAAAAGUAUGCACUUGAUACAAGUAGCGAUAUAGAUGCGUGGAAAUAA